CUCAAUGAUCAAGAACCGUACAUACGUCAUACAAUAACUCACUUGGUAACGAACACAUAUAUUACUUCACAACGUCAACAAAUAGCAAAAUGAUUUUCACAAAAUACUUUUGACAUAAUCUAAGAAUUAUCUUACAUGUCUUAAGUACAUUGAAUAGUAAUUAAUGAAAAUGCUGAGUUUAGUUCAAAAAAUGAAGGACCAUAAAGGGGCAGAAGAAAGCAUUGUCCUGAAAAGAAUCAAAGCCAGGUAUGAAUAUUUAAAGAAGCAACCAAAGUACGUUCCCGAGAAAAUAAAAACAAGAAAUUUUGAACUUGUUGAACGUCCUGCCUCUGAUAAUGAUUGGCUCGAGAAUGCUAAACGCCGUAAAGAACAACUGAAAUGUGGAUUCUUCUGUGAUAAUGGCAAACGGUACCUCCAUUUGGGCGAACCAGAACUAAACACUGAUAGGCUAAUAGACAAAAAUUUCGAAGCACUUAUGCCACCCGGUAUUGAUCACGGAGCAAGACUGAUGAAAAAAUGUUUGAAGCUUGGAGCAAAUAAAUUAGUUAAACCCGUUGAAUCCAGUGACGAUACUGACAAUGAUUCAGAUUUGAAUCAAGGAAAAGAGAACAAGAUACUUGAUUGUACCGACGCAGGUUACAAACAAAUCAAAUACAUGAUUGGUGAAUCCAAUAAAAGAGUCGCAUCUGUAAAAGCUGGAGCAACCUACGAUCCCAAUGCUUGCAACAUUCUACCCUCUGCUUUCUCUCACGAUUCAAAAUGUCAAGACGAAAGUGAAAUGGAAAUGCAAAUGAGAGCAUUGUCCCCGAGUGAGUUUCCUGUAUUUUAUACGGACGAACGGGAUGGUUUAACCUUAUACAGAGAGCUAACAGGCAAGAAGGAUUCUAAUGUGAUGGGAGGUUUUACUGGUAUUCUUACAAUGAGGGGAAAAGCAAGGAUGAAAGCAAAUAAACGCAGGGCACGGGAGAGACAAUACCUUCUCGUAAAAAUGCGAAAUAUAUUGCUGAUACUUACAUCAGUGAUGAACAUUCGGCAAAGGGAUCUAAAAUCAAGGUUUCCACUGACUUCAAAAACGCUUCAACAGUUACUGAGUAAUUCUGUUAAAUAUAUCGAGGACCCUGCCCAUGAUCCUAAUGCAAUAGGAGUACGUAAUGAGCCAUCCUUUCAUCGGAACCUGCCUUCUGAUAAAGCCUCACAUGCAGCAACUAAUGCAUCAAAAACAUAUGCCCCUGCACACAGCACAAUUGCAACCAACAAAAAAUUAGCAUUUACGUCCCGUUUAUUAGCAUCAAAACAAAAUCGUGAUGAGCGGCCAAAGCUAGAAAACUGGGAUGAUCUCCUAAAUUCCCAAAUUAAAAUUCCAUCAAGGACUAAUGAUAACAACAGUCGCGGGGCUGCUUCUGGGGAUCACGGGGGCCUGAAGCCCACAUCGAGAUUCAGGAAGACGAGUAUGGCAUUGAGAGCAAUGACAAAGCUACGACCACUUGGCGGAGUUAGUAAAGACACUGAUCAACCAGCAGAGCCAAUUAUAGUCGUGGAUAAAAAGCCACCGGUGUGGCUUAUGGUGGAGCAGCAGGAAAAGAUGAUUAUGAAUCGGAAAAAAUCCGACAAUAGUUCGACUGAAGAAACUGGAGAACAACUGGAACGUGCCAAUCCAGACAUAUUUUUAGAGACAAUUAGGGCAGACUUUGACGCGUCCAAAACUCAGCUUGCGGAAGUAGCUCAAGCUAAACUCCUCCGCAUUGAAAGUUUACGAGAACUUACUUUCAGACAUAAAUAUUCAGCAUUUGAGAAACUGGAACCAUUAUUCGAAAAGCACAAGCAUCGUGUCAUAGACAAAAGUUAUACAUUGGAUAUUUAUACGAAUGACUCCACGAGUGAUUACCCAGAUUGGUUUAUUGAUCUGAAAAGAGAAUGCGAGUUGAAAGCAAUGGGGACAACAGACAAAGAAAUCAACUCACUCAUUUCUAAAUUGGGUAGGUUCGUGACCCAAGAAAAAAAUAACAUGAAUGAUGUUAAAGCUAAGAUGUGCCUUUUGAUAUCAUCCCUACCGGCCAAACGUUUAUUGACGUUUGACCAGCAGAAUGCAUUUAGAUGUGUAACAAGAGACAUUCUGAAAGCACCGGUUGAACUAUUCAACAGCUGGCUAGAUUUGAGGGGAAUUCCUAUCGUAAAAUAAGCUAUUUGCUAUUGUUAGCUGAGUAAUUGCUGUUGUUAUAAACACAGAGUCGCACGACUCAGAAUAUUGAGUGUAAAUAUAGUAUUUUCAAUAAUGACAUCUUUUCUUUGAUAUUGGAUUUAUUUCGAGUGUUGCUU